UUCAUGUCCGGGAUUGCCCUUUUUGUUUCGUCCCCAUAUUGUAAGAGCCUCAUUCUCACAAAGAAGAGUAUCAAACAUUUCUCAACCAAAUUUCAUGGAAAACCUUUACCCCCAUCACAUCUUUUACUCUCUUUUCUAUCUUCUUCUCCUCCUCAUCUUUCAAUUCUCAUCUAUUUCACUUCUCUCAUCAGCUUACACAUUACCUGAUAUUUACUUUAUCAACUGUGGGUCAGACUCAAACGCCACAGUCAACAACCGGAAUUUCGUCGGCGAUGCGACCUCCGCCUCCUUCGGCUUCUCCGCCGGCCAGAGCAGUCCUGUUAAAGCCUCCAACUCAUCUACACAGACCUCCCCUGGUCUCUAUCAAACUGCAAGAGUCGUCACAAACCCAUCGUCUCCAUAUGAGCUCGACAUACAGCAAAAUGGCACUUACAUGGUACGCUUCCAUUUCUAUCCUUUUUCAUCCCCAAAACGGAAUUUAUUCGAUGCCCAAUUCGAUGUUUUGGUCUCUGGGUUUUCGCUUCUAUCGAAUUUCACUGUCAAAAAUAGUAGUAAUUCACCUGUGAUUAAGGAAUUCCUGCUCACCAUCAAUGUUGGGAAAUUCAAAAUUUACUUCAGACCUUCCCAAAAUUCAUCUUUCGCAUUUGUGAAUGCUAUAGAAGUGUUCAUUGCCCCCGCAAACUGCAUACCUGAUAGUGCCACUCUUGUCACUCCUUCAGCAAGUAACACUUCUAAUUACAAUGGUUUGCUCUCUCGGGCUUUACAUACAAUUCAUAGGAUUAAUGUUGGUGGUGUUAAUGUGGCACCGAAUAACGAUACAUUGUUGAGGAGUUGGGUACCUGAUGAUGAUUUUCUAUUUCAACCCAAUACUGCAAAGAACAGUGAGUUUUAUAAUGGCAGGCCUGUAUACGGGCUUGGAAAAGCCACCGAGUUUACUGCUCCUGAUUUUGUCUACAAGACUGCCAAGGAAAUGAAUAUAGAUUCAAACAGGGGAGAUAAUUUUUUCAAUAUAACGUGGCGAUUGGUUGUGAACAAAAAUGCCAGACAUUUUGUUCGUGUGCAUUUCUGUGACAUCGUUAGUUAUUCUCUUAAUACUGUCAAGUUCAAUCUCUAUCUUUAUAGCAAGUUCAGUGAGUUAGUAGAUCCAUAUGAAGUAAUAGAUCAGUUGGCUGCUCCUUUUUACUUUGAUUUCGUGGUUGAUUCUGAUAAUUCUGGUUAUAUGAAUAUUAGUGUUGGUCCACGGCGUGAUUCAUUUAAUCAAACUGCAUUUCUGAAUGGGCUGGAGAUUAUGGAAUUAAUGAAGGAAUCGGAGGAUAUGGAAGAUCAGGCUUCGAAGAGCCAUAUGUUUAUAAUAAUAAUUUGUUCGGUUGUUGGAGGUGUGGCUUUUGUGUUGAGUUUGAUGGGGGUGUUGUUUUGGAGAAUGAGAUGCAGGAAAGCAAAGGCUGUUGAGAGUGUGGAUUGGCCUUUGGUGCCUAUGUACGGAGGGAGUUCAUAUGGCACAGAGAGAACUCCCAAUGGCUCCACUGCUCCGACUUUUUAUCUCGGGUUGAAGGUACCAAUUGCUGAAAUACUCCAUGCAACAAACAAUUUCGACACCAAGCUGAUGAUUGGAGAGGGUGGGUUUGGGAAAGUGUAUAAAGGUACUCUUAGGAGUGGUAUGAAAGUGGCCGUCAAACGAAGUCAUCCAGGCCACGGUCAGGGUAUUGCAGAAUUCCAAACGGAGAUCAUGGUAUUGUCCAAAAUCCGCCAUCGCCAUCUUGUUUCCUUGAUCGGGUACUGUGAUGAAGGGUCUGAGAUGAUACUAGUUUAUGAAUUCAUGGAGAAGGGGACUCUGAGAGAUCACCUAUAUGUUUGUAAUGAAGACACUCAGAAAUCUUUUUCAGGAUCUGAAUUGUCUUGGAAUAGAAGGCUUGAAAUUUGCAUUGGUGCAGCCAAGGGUCUUCAUUACCUUCAUACUGGUGCAGAUGGGGGAAUUAUUCACCGUGAUGUUAAAUCCACAAACAUCUUGCUUGAUGAACAAUAUGUGGCUAAAGUUGCUGAUUUUGGUCUUUCGAGAUCAGGUCCUCCUGAUCAAACACAUGUCAGCACUGAUGUAAAAGGCAGCUUCGGUUAUCUUGAUCCCGAAUAUUUCAGAUAUCUUCAGUUGACACAGAAAUCAGAUGUGUAUUCUUUUGGAGUGGUUCUUCUUGAGGUGCUUUGUGCAAGGCCAGCUCUUAAUAACUUGCUUCCGCGUGAUCAAAUAAACUUGGCGGAAUGGGGGAUGUCUUGGCUAAUGAAGGGGGAGCUUGAAAAAAUUGUUGAUCCUAUACUUGUCGGUAAAAUCAAUCCCAACUCAUUGAGAAAAUUUGGUGAAACAGCAGGGAAGUGCUUGAAGGAAUAUGGUGCUGAAAGGCCCAAUAUGCAUGAUGUACUGUGGGAUUUGGAAUAUGCACUGCAGCUUCAACAAACUGCAAGAAACAGAGAGCCCCACGAGGACAGCACAACAGAUGCUUCAUGGGUGUUACCAAUGACUGUUGUUCAGCGGUUACCUUCUCAAAGCAUCAUAAUUGACGAAUCCAUAAAUGAUGGUUCAGAUACAACUCUUAUAAGUGCUAGUGAAGUGUUCUCACAAUUGAAGAUUGAUGAUGCCAGAUAAUCUGGUGGUUUGAGAAAGUCUGUCCACGCUACAAUUCUCAAGUGCGACUCUUUGUGGCAGUCAUAGGCCAGGCCAGAGCAUGACCUCCUGAUCAAAUGCUGUUCCUUGUUUCUUGUGAAGUUAUUCUAAUCUCUAGGAUAUCAAUAUUCAGUAUCUGCUGCAAUUAGCAUUCUAUGUUCUUGCUGUUUUGUGUAGAAAUUGACCGUGCUACAAUUCCUCUGGUAGCAUUUAAGUUUGCGUAUCUGAAACUUGUUUAUAUAGAAACGUAUGUAUUAAUGGUUUAGUGCAAUUUGAAUUAUAGUAUUAGGUUAGAGUGGGUCCAAAUUAAAUUCUUGCUGAAGAACAAAUAUGUGAUUUUGCUUAUUAUAUUUGGUAGUACUGAAUUGGUGCAUUGGAUUUGGGAUUGAACCGCCAAA